UCCCGGAGCCGCUGGUUUGCUCCUCCGGGCUGGUGCUUCGAGUUAUACCGGUUUAGGGAGUUUACUCCACUCCGCGGAUAUAAACCAGAGCCGUGCACGACCACACAGCUUUGGAGUCGUGUAGCACAUCACGCUCUCCUUUCCCCACGAGCAAAGGCACGUUUCAAACUGUCCGUGGACAAAGCUCGGCGACAUGUCGCUGCGUUUGGGUCGAGCCGCGCUGCUGUCGGGAUUAUGUCAACAGAGGCGUUUCGUGGAGAGACGGGAAUGAACACGCAUCUUCAAAUCUAGGAUUAUAGCAGCCAAUAAACACGAUGGAUGAUCGACGGAAAAAGAAGCUGACAUUCUUCACCAUUGGGCUUAUAUUUCUUCUCAGCGGUGUGGAAUAUGUCCCCAGCGGUAAUAUUGCCCACCAUAUGGAGGUAUUUGCAGACAUUGGAUGCAGCACCUUACUUUCUGGGUUUGGCCCUGUCGGCAUUCAGCUUGAGCGGUCUCCUGACGGGACCGCUGUUUGGCCACUGGUCCGACCGAACACGGACCACCAAGAAGAUCAUCUUAUUUGCCAACGUUUUUGAGAUGAUUGGUAAUUUUAUGUACUUCAUGGGCUUCUCUAAGUGGCUGUUGCUGUCAAGCAGACUUGUGGCAGGAAUCGGCACAGGUGCUGGCUCGUCGAUCUUUGGCUUCCUGACCCGAAGCACUUCCCCUGAGGACCGCGCCACUGCAUUUGCUGCUGUCAUGGCAUGUCGACAAGCUGGCCUUUUGAUUGGUCCAGCAUUUAACAUCUUCCUGAGGCUGUCUGAUUUCCACCUGGGUCCUUUUGUGGUCAAUAAAUAUACUGCGCCAGGGUUGUUCAUGUGCCUGAUGUGGACUCUCCUUCAAGUGGCGGUGAUCUUCAUGUACUGGGACCUUCCGCCUCUGGAGAAGGGCAAGGCCAAAGGGAGUCUUCCAAGCCAGAGCGGGGAGGAGGAGGAGGAUGAUCAUCAAGGGAUUGUGAAAGAGGACAAUGAUGAGGAAAAGCCGCUAAUGGGGUCGCAGGAGCUGGGAGGGUCCUACGGCUCAGUUGUGACAGCCGACCCACCCGGGUACGACUCCUCUUCUGCCUCAAAUGCCACGUUGAAUCAUAUCUCACCACCGCCGUCUCCCGUGCCACCACCAGAGUCCCAUGUGUCUCCCAGCCCUUUUAAGAAUGUCAGCAUAUCCCAAGAGUUCCUGAGAGAAGAAGUGGUCGUGCUGCUGGCUGCUCAGUUCAUCACCCUCUUCAAUCAGACAGCGCUGGAGACCAUGGUCACUCCGAUGACCCAGAAGUACUUCAACUACGGGGAGCUGGAGAACAGUGUGAUGUACUGCCUGUGCAGUGUGGAGGUGAUCGCUGGCUUCCUGUUUGUGCGCUGGCUGAGCCAGCGUGUUGCUGAGCGAGUAGUCCUGGCCAUCGGUCUGACCAUUUGCAACAUCUCUGCUGUCUGGUGCCUCGUCUUCUUGGCUAAACCCCUAGGUAGUUCCCCAUGGCAGUUAACGGAGUUCAUCAUUGGGGUGUUUCUGCAGGUUUUGGGUUUGCCGUUUGUAGCCGUGGCUCAGGUUUCCCUCUUCUCUAAAAUUACUUCUGAGAAAACACAAGGUUUCAGUCAGGGAGUGCGUCGCUCGGUGGGAGGUCUAGCUACCAUCCUGGGCCCUCUGUGGGCUGGUGGCCUAACCGAGAACUUGUACGUCAUGUUGGGGGUCAUGAUGGCUCUGCUGUUACUGAUGACGGUGAUGCUGGCUUUCUCAUACGACCGGCUAGUUGCACCAGCUACAGAGGAGCAAGUGGACGACUCGGACAACUGUGGCUAAUGCGAUGCAAUAAUAAUGGAUAUGGAAGGUAGCCUUUUAUGAACAUAAUAUAUUUAGUAAAGAUGACAUUGACUUACCAUUAUGUUUCCAAAAACAAUAAGACCUGCGUUUUAUUAAUGCAAGAUACAUUCUUGCAUGUAUACAUGGUAUAACGCAGGAACAAUACAAAUGCCUCCACAGUUUCACCUUCUGCAUUGGGACAAGCAUGCAGGGGGAUUCCACCCACACACCAACAUCACACACACCUCACACCUCACUUCCUCCUGGCAGAUUACUUAAUACUUGGACUGCUCCGAUUUGUCUGCAGAGGUUAAUCAAUAGACUCGUAUGGUGUAUAUCUACAUUUCCCAUGGAAAUAUGGAAUCUUGCUGUGUGUGCAAGGUUUAGAUGAAAAACCUUUCCAUCCUUUUGUGUUCCGGUAUUACACUUGGUGCAUCACGCUCUGAUUUUAAUGACCACACUGAAUGUGUGUGGAUUUAGAUGACCCAUGCCCUUGAGCUUUAAGGUUUUAAAUGAGCUGUUUAGCUUUGAUACUUGAUAAAAAAAACAUGAAGACCGGAUGUGUUGACUCCUCAGCAUUUAAAAUAUGUAUCAAGAUGAAAUUACCACAGGUUUCUUUAUGUGGGAAUUUAGAAAAAACAGGCUUUAUUAUCCUCCAAAUUAAAAUAUUUGUAGUUUAGACCAAUAUGUUACCUGCUGAUACAUCAGAAGGAAUUCAACUAAUUUCAAUCCACUACUUUACUCAUAUUUAUUCCAUCUACGUCUGUUAUAAUAAAGGACAAAGGCUAAUUUUUUACUAACAUAAAAUAACUGAAUUAAUGUGGGUUUUAACAAUUUGUUAUCCUGAGUCUUUAUUGUCCUAUUCUGCAUUUGAAACUUCACACUAAUACAAUUCUCAGGGAAACACUAAAUACAACAGAGAUUAUAAUUCAUGAUCUUCCUAAUCUUAAAGGCUGACAAAGGACAACACAAGUGUUCUGCUUAAAAAGAAAUCGAAUCGUUUGCUGCUGAUGUAGUACUUAUCCUCAACACUAGUGGGCACUCUUAGUCUUUCUAUUAACUAUAUCCCCGUCUUUCCUGCUGAGCCUAAUGCUUGUAGUGUAACCUCAGACGGUCUGAACUGUCGGUCAGGUGCACUAUCCCACACAAACACAUUUAGGGAACUGCUUCAUUGGGAACUUUGUUGUGCAAAAAUAGUAUAGUUGUUGUUUUAGUACAAACAAUGAACACCAAUCAGGGAAAUAACUAUUGUUAUAUCUCUUGGUGAUUUGUUCAGGUUUUAUAAUCACAAAACAUAUGUUAUAUACUAUUUCUAAAAAAUAUUUUGGCCCCUAACAUGUUCAUGCAAUUUGUUUUUAUUUCCAUGUCUCUUUACAGAAAAAAAUUAACUUCAUUUGCACUACAUUGGCUUGUAUUUCGUUAUUCUCAAGAAACGGAGUGUGUGUGUGCCGUGCACAGAAAAAAAUCGUAAUGCUAUUAAUUAUAAUAUAAUUUACAAGAAAAUAUAGAAGAGUAUUAUGUAUUAAUGUAUUAAUACAUUCAUAUUUAAUAUACAGUGUUUAUUUAAGAUCAUGCCUUUUUUUAGUAUGUAAAAUGUUAUCAACUGAAGGGCUUACAAAUUGAA